GGGAUGGCGCCGCGGGCCGCUGCCGCCGGGGAGCUGCGGAGCGCGGGGUGACGCGGGGUGUCUGCGGGACCGGAGCAGGAUGUACACUCUGCUGUCCGGGCUCUACAAAUACAUGUUCCAGAGGGAUGAGUACUGCAUCCUGAUCCUCGGGUUGGACAAUGCUGGGAAAACUACCUUCCUUGAACAAACUAAAACCCGAUUUAACAAGAACUACAAAGGGAUGAGUUUGUCCAAAAUCACAACCACUGUAGGCUUAAACAUUGGUACUAUUGAUGUUGGCAAAACUCGGCUGAUGUUCUGGGAUCUUGGAGGACAGGAGGAGCUGCAGUCCCUGUGGGACAAGUAUUAUGCUGAAUCCCACGGCGUGAUCUAUGUGAUUGACUCCACGGAUGAGGAGAGGCUCUCAGAAUCUAAAAGAGCUUUUGAGAAGAUGAUUACCAGUGAAGCUCUGGAGGGGGUUCCCAUUCUGGUGCUGGCCAACAAGCAGGAUGUGGAGACUUGUCUGUCAAUACCUGACAUCAAGACAGCCUUUAGUGACUGCAUUAACAAAAUUGGGAAGAGAGACUGCCUGACACAAGCCUGCUCUGCUCUUACUGGCAAAGGAGUGAACGAGGGGAUUGAAUGGAUGGUGAAGUGUGUGGUGAGGAAUAUCCACCGGCCCCCGCGGAAGAAGGACAUCACGUAAGGAAUUCCAGCUCAGCCAAGGAACGGACAGUCUGUUUCCACACAGCUUUGUGUUCUUUUUAAAGAAGGUGGUCCACUGGAUUCCUAUUACACCUGAUUCUUUCCUAAGUUUGGAGACAAACAUUCUCUUUCUGUGUCUAAAAACCUGGAGCAAAGGAUUCCAAAUGGAUGGGGGGUGGGAGUCUCUUACACUAAGUAUUAAGUUGGCCUGAGCGCCUGGCUGCAGUGGCAAUCUGCACUCUGCUGCAGAGGCCAGGGAUGGCCUUUCCUGCUGUGUUACUUUGUGAUUCUUCAUUUGCUAGUCAGGCCAGAGGCCAGUGCCAUGAAGGAGCUCCUGGAGGAACUGCUGCAGGAACUGUGCAGGUGAGGAUGAAAAGGGAGGGAGAGCCUGGGCAGUGGCUGUCCCUUCUAAAUGAGAAGACACUUUGCUGCUCCAGCCCCAUGGUCACUGUAGGUGGUGUUACUGGCCCUGUUAUGCUGCUGUUUAUAUAAUGGGGAGAGACAGUGUUGAUUAUAACUCGAUUUUUCAGUUGGGAUAUUGGUUUGUAACUUGUACCUGUGGCAAAGGCAGCAGCUGCUGGGUGGCACACUGUUGGAAAGGGGUAGUUUGACUAGGCCCUGAGCUCCAGCAGCACUGCCCUGCUCUGCCUGCUAGUCUCUGCUGUGCAUCCUCUUUAAUCCUAAGAGUAAUUGGCAUCUUCUGUAACCACAAGGAACCCAGGCCCCCUCUGUGACCUUUCUAGGCUGAAUGCUGAACCUCCAGGCAGGGAGAAGUCAGCAUGCAAUAAAGCUUCCUACUUCUUUGAA